UUUGGUUCUUCUCUUCGUCUUGGCUCGUAUCUUCACCGCUGGCAAGCAAAAGCUCCCGGCUGGCGUCAAGGCUCUCCCACGACUACCAGGUGUGUAGCUAUCGAGCCAUCGUUCGUCUCGACGCCACUAACAGCCAUCGUAGGUCUUCCAUAUGCUGGUCGUUUCUGGGAUGUUCCUGGACCUGGUAUCGAUGCCGCAUGGCACUUCGGUGCUCUCCACAAGAAGAUGGGCCCGAUCUACGAGUGGAAGGUAUGUUGUCAAUCAACACUGAUUAACUCACAUCGAUUCUGAUCGAUCCAACCAGGUUAUGGGUGUCACCCACAUUUGGAUUGAGACCGACAAGAUCGCACGCGACCUUUUCAUUUCCCGUCAACGCAACUACUGCGAUCGCAACGAGCUCCCUGCCGCCAUCGGUGUCCGUGAGGGUUCCGAAAUUCUGCCGCUCAUGGGUUACGGUGAGCAAUGGCGCCGCUACAAGAACUUCAUGCACCUCAUCAUGAGACACGCCAACCCGCAAGCUUUCUACGGCUGGCCUGCGAUCGAGAACAAGAAGACCAUCCGCCGCAUCCUAGAGAACCCAGACGCCUGGUCCGAGCAUCUUCUUGUUCAUUGCGCACGCACCAUCGCUUCCAUUGCCUGGGGCGACCCACAACAUGGCAGCAAGCUCCUUACCAUCAUUCCCAUCAUCCUCAAGAACGUGUCUCCCGCCGGCCCGCUCAUCAACAAGCUUACCUUCCUCUCUAACCUGCCGGAGUCUAUCUCGCCAUGGAAGAAGGAGGAGGCAGCCCGCAAGGCCGAGAUGACCGAUGCUUUCAUGGAGCCGCUUCAGGACGCGAAGAACAGGUCGGUUCAAGGUACGCUCGCCGACAGCUGGAGCAAGCUUUGGCUCGAGAAGGAGAAGGGCACCGAGCAUCUUGACUUCUACGAGGCUGCUCACGCCAUUGGCUCCAGCUCUUUCGUCGCCAUUGCUACCGUUGGUGGCCCGCUCCACGCUUUCUUCCUCGCUAUGUGCCACUACCCGUCCUGGCAAUACAAGGUCCAGGAAGAAAUCGACCGUGUCUGCGGCGACCGCCUGCCUGAGGUUGGCGAUUUCCCGCAGCUUCCUGUACUUCGGGCAACCGCGAAAGAGGUUCUCCGAUGGAGACAAGCAACUCCCCUCGGUGUGCCGCACGUUGCCAUGGAGGAUGACGUCUACGAGGGCUACCUCAUUCCCAAGGGUGCCAUCUGCCACGCCAACCACUACCUCAUCAGCCGUGAGCCCAGCCUUUACCCACGAGGUGACGAGUUCGUCCCUGACCGAUGGCUCGACCCAUCCUGGCCUACCUACAAGGAGCCGCUUAGCGAGUUCCCUAACUUCCGCGGUGACACUGGCUUCGGCUACGGCAACCGUGGCUGCCCUGGAGUCGACCUCACCUUCACCGAGCUUGUCACUCUGAUCGGCUCUCUCUUGUGGGCAUUCGAGAUCAAGCGUCCAGAAGGCCGUGACGGCCGCAACGCGCCGAUCCCGUGGUACGAGACCGCACCGUGGGUCAUCACCAUGACGAAGCCGUUCAAGUGCGACAUCAAGGUCCGCAGCGAGGAGAAACGCCGCCAGAUCCUUACAGAGUUCCCAGCAGGCGACAACCUCGUCGUUGACAAUGAGAAGCAGAAGAAGGAUCGGUGGACGGUCGUCCGCCCGCAAGACAAACUCUUCAACUGGGACGGUCUGACCGACCAGGCGACAGACUUCAACAGGGUCUACCCUGAAGGUGCAUAAAUGACGAUUUACAUGUUUGCUUGCAUGCAGCGAUACGCAGGGCGUUGGCGGAUUCUAGGGUUGAAGCACUUGAGAACACUACAGGCAUCGCAGGGCGUUAUGGUCCGCUCUGGCGAUUGGAAAGUCUGGAAUUGAUUGGAGUCAUGAUGUGGAUGGCUGACUUCUUCCGACUUCGAACCUGUCUCUCACUCUUGUAAUUUAGCGAUUACAUCGCAUGUUCCGAUUAGAUGAUAUACUAUCGAUCAUUGUCUCAACACGG